AUGCGCACUCGUUUGAUCCCAAAACGGGCAUCACUCAGCUUGGCACUCCCGAAGAACCAAGUUUUUUUUCAUGGCCAUGUAUUUGGACGGGGCAAUCCGGAAGAAAAAUAUAUCGAAGACAUUCAGCUUGAUGGUCCUAUUCCUGGACUAAUUUUUGAUAUGAGGGCUCAGUCUCCGCAAGAACCAGGCAACGAUAAAAAAGUUAGUUGGAAACCUGGCGAAAUGGGAAAAGUGGUUCUUAAAUUAAAAACUGAAAUUGAAAAAAUUCACGAAGCUUACAAAGCUCAAGGUCUUACCGUCAUUACCAAAAAUAAUGUAAUUGAUAUCUACAUUACUAGACAUGGUGAAACCGAUUGGAAUAUUCAAGGAAAACUUCAAGGGCAUACAGAUAUUGCGUUAAAUUGGCAAGGCGAACUACAGGCGCUACAGCUUCGA